CCUUAUCAAACGCAUACCUGGAGAUUGUCCAUUGUACAGUGAAACCCUGAUCAGGUAACACCACUGGACCUUUGCAUUGUGCAAAACAAGUCCAUUACAAUGGACCAUUCCUUGGAAACCUCAAAGCGCAAAGAGAAACUAUUGCAGACAAUGCACAAGCUCCAGGUUAAGUCAGGGAGUGCUUUACAACAGACAAGCCCAUUGCUAAACUGUCACACAGGAAUGGGCAUGGUGACCGUACAACAUAUGAAUCAUCUGUCACAAACAGUAUCGCAGGUCUGCCGGGAUCUUAAGAAUAUUGAAAAUCUGGUUCGCUUUCGUCAGAAUUGGCUGAAGUACAAAAUUGCAAACCCAGAGGGGGAUCAUUCAGAUGGUCUGAGUGGGAUCCAUUGUGGUCUUGAUGGCACCACUUACAUCGUUAGUGUCAGCUCUCCACGGGUCCACGUACUGAAUCGAUCUGGUCAGGUUGUCCGGUCAUUGCACUGUGUUCAGAACCAGGGAAGACGCAAGGAGCCCUUUCUUCCAGAAGAUGUAACUCUGACCAGAACUGGACUGGUGGCUGUGACCGAUAUAGUGGGUGGAACUGUUCGGAUCUUCAAUCCUCACUCCAGGUUCUCAGAAGGCGAAUGGAUUGAAAUUGGUAAAAUAAAUUGCCCCAAAGGAAUUGGAGUUGACCGUUCUGGGAAACUCCUGGUAACCGAUUAUACCGGAGGCAGCGUUCAUAUUUUCGCUGUAGAUCACACCUUCAGGCAGCAGCAUAUUCAGACUAUUGCAGGACUAAGAGGGCCCAGAUACAUAUCUUCAAUGUAUGAUGGUGGAAUCAUUGUGAGUGAAGAAUGUGGUGAUGUGAAGGUGUAUGGAAGCAACCUAAAACUAAUGUACUCACUCAGCAACAAAUACUGUCACCAAUUUGGAAAUCCUGCUGGGCUCUGUGCUGACAAGGAGGGGAACAUCAUGGUGGUGGAUGAACAGAAAAGAAAUGUGAUAUUGUUUCCAAAGUUUGGAUCUCCUGUUUGCAUUGUAUCAGUUGGCCUCAAGAAGCCUACUAGUUUGGCUUGCUCUAGUUAUGGUCUAGUAUUUGUAAUGGAUACCGGAGAUAACUGUAUCAAAGUCUUCAAGUACAGAGUAAAUACAGGGUGUGGUUCAACGAAGACUGGGCAAUCUAACCAUAAGCCGUACACAUAGCACUAAGAGGAAAGCUAUGACGCUAGCAAGAUUGGUAAACCUGAAAGAUGUAUUUGUAAUAAAAUGUUUCAG